UCAGAUUCUCUUUGUGGCCAGAUGGGUUUGUAUGGACAGGCUUGUCCAUCUGUAACUUCAUUAAGAUUUAACUCAGGCUUUCCCUCACUUUGGAACUCCUAGAUUUGUGAAUAUUGGAUAUUUUGAGAAGCAGGGGUUCUUUCCUUGAUACUGACUAAGGAGUCUAUUUACCUUCAGGAUGACAUCUGAAUUGGAGAGCAGCCUAACAUCUAUGGACUGGUUACCACAGCUCACCAUGAGAGCAGCCAUUCAAAAAUCUGAUGCUACACAAAAUGCACAUGGAACAGGAAUUUCCAAGAAGAAUGCACUCCUUGACCCAAAUACAACUCUGGACCAGGAAGAAGUCCAACAGCACAAAGAUGGGAAACCUCCUUACAGUUACGCCAGCCUCAUUACAUUUGCCAUUAAUAGCUCACCCAAAAAGAAAAUGACCCUAAGUGAGAUUUACCAGUGGAUUUGUGAUAACUUCCCAUAUUAUAGAGAGGCUGGCAGUGGUUGGAAGAAUUCCAUACGACAUAAUCUGUCUCUGAACAAGUGUUUCCUUAAAGUGCCUCGAUCCAAGGAUGACCCUGGAAAGGGGUCCUAUUGGGCAAUAGACACCAAUCCGAAGGAAGAUGCGCUGCCUACUCGGCCAAAGAAGAGAGCACGAUCUGUAGAACGGGCCUCAACUCCAUAUAGCAUAGAUUCAGAUUCUUUGGGAAUGGAGUGUAUUAUUUCGGGAAGUGCCUCUCCAACUCUGGCAAUCAACACUGUGACUAACAAAGUAACAUUGUACAACACUGAUCAGGAUGGUAGUGAUAGUCCACGCAGUAGCCUUAACAACAGUCUCUCAGACCAGAGUUUGGCAUCUGUUAAUUUGAAUAGUGUUGGAAGUGUGCAUAGUUAUACACCGGUGACAAAUCAUCCAGAACCAGUCUCUCAGUCAUUAACUCCCCAGCAGCAGCCACAGUACAACCUUCCAGAAAGAGACAAACAACUACUUUUCUCAGAAUAUAAUUUUGAAGAUCUCAGUGCCUCAUUUCGGAGCCUUUAUAAGUCAGUUUUUGAGCAGUCACUUAGUCAGCAAGGUUUGAUGAACAUCCCUUCUGAAUCUUCCCAGCAGUCCCAUACUUCGUGUUCCUAUCAGCACUCUCCUAGCAGUACAGUGAGCUCUCACCCACACGGCAACCAAAGCAACCUGUCCAACAGUCAUGGCAGUGGCCUCAAUACCACAGGCAGUAAUUCGGUUGCACAAGUCUCGCUGUCCCACCCCCAGAUACACACACAGCCGUCUCCACAUCCACCCCAUCGACCACAUGGUUUACCACAGCAUCCGCAGCGUCCCCAGCAUCCAGCAUCGCACCCACAACAACACAGCCAGCUCCAGUCCCCUCAUCCCCAGCACCCUUCUCCACAACAACACAGCCAGCUCCAGUCCCCUCAUCCCCAGCACCCUUCUCCACAACAACACAGCCAGCUCCAGUCCCCUCAUCCCCAGCACCCUUCUCCACAACAACACAGCCAGCUCCAGUCCCCUCAUCCCCAACACCCCUCUCCACAUCAACACAUGCAGCAUCAUUCGAACCAUCAGCAUCAGGCGUUAACACAUCAGGCACCCCCAACCCCACAACAAGUAUCCUGUAAUUCUGGUGUUUCAAGUGAUUGGUAUGCAACACUUGAUAUGCUAAAAGAAAGCUGUCGAAUUGCUAGCAGUGUUAAUUGGUCAGAUGUAGACCUUUCACAGUUCCAAGGUUUGAUGGAGAGUAUGAGACAGGCAGAUCUCAAGAACUGGUCUUUAGAUCAGGUUCAAUUUGCUGAUCUCUGUUCUUCUCUUAAUCAAUUCUUUACACAAACUGGCCUUAUCCACUCACAGAGUAAUGUUCAGCAAAAUGUCUGUCAUGGUGCCAUGCAUCCAACAAAACCCUCCCAACACAUUGGAACAGGAAAUUUGUACAUAGACUCCAGGCAAAGUCUCCCUCCUUCAGUGAUGCCACCUCCUGGUUAUCCUCAUAUCCCACAGGCACUCAGCACUCCAGGAACAACGAUUACAGGCCACCACGGAGCUAUGAACCAGCAGCACAUGAUGCCUUCCCAAGCCUUCCAGAUGCGGCGCUCUCUGCCUCCAGAUGACAUCCAGGAUGACUUUGAUUGGGAUUCAAUUGUGUAGAGCUUGUUUCUGCAAGACCGCACCCCAGCGUCACCUUUCUGUGCAGUGAAGGGAAAGGUUUAAGAGAAUCCAGUUGAAAAAACAAAGUUGCUAAUCACUUUACCAAUGUUAUAAAAAUUUCUUUUGAAGACAAUCAAAAAGAUUUUAGCUGGAUAACUUUGCUUUUAUCUGACCCAAACAAGUACUACAUGUUUGUCUCCUGCCAGCUCUCCUGUGUAGCUCCUAACUGUUGUGUGAUUUAAACAGCUUUUGCAUAUUUGUGUCAAUUUGAUGUUGACCACAAGUGCCAGACUGAUUUUUCAGACAGAGCCUGUUUUGCUGCAAGCAGUUUAUAGAUACAUGUGUGUAAAUAUAUGUACAAAAUUUACUGAAAGGCUUCAAUUUUUUCUGAUUGGAUUAUUAGAUCUUGAAAAGAAAGUUACUGUGAGUUUUUAUUCCUUGUUAGGCUAUUUUCUGCAGGAUGCUUUUAACUGAUGUGGGCAACUGAAAGGAAAUAGGUUUUUUUUAAAGCCCAGUUCCCUUUAUUUAAUCUUUUCAGAAAUGUGGGUAUUGAGUUCUACCCAGUAAGUAAAAAACCCAGAGUUUGAUACUCUGACAGUCCAGAGGGGCACGUUGAGAACUGACCAAAUUUGUUUUGAUGCUUGGGGAUUGUAGAGUUUAUGUUGUACCUUGUCAGUGUCUGUUUUCCUAAGUCUGCAUUAUAAUAGCUCUAAAAUUUAUUUGAUUGAUUAGAAGCUGGUCAUUGCUUGGCUCUUUAAACAGAUCUCGAUCUCCACUUAUUUAUUAUUCAAAGUGUUAUUUUAAUAUUUAUUGCUACCUUCUGUGAAUGCUCAGCUCUAAUUGGAUUUGUUAAGGAGAAAUGGGGUAUCUGAAAGCACAGAAAUAUUUUUCUUGAUAAGAGUUUGCAGAUAAGACAAUCAGAGAUUGUGUUAUUCUUGUGACCAUCACUCCUCAUACCAUGUGAGCAUAUUUCUCUGUCUUAGCAUUCCUGCUGAUUGAAACUUAUUAGCUAAAUAGGAUUCUUUCUAGAAUUUGAAUCCAUUCAUUUGGGCAACAAACGGCAGGGCAUUGUUUAUAAAGCAAGUGUUCUCAUUCACUCUCUUUCCAUUUAGGAAACACUGACAGGAGGAUGGAGAGACACUUAUUGUUAGUGGCCUGCUGUGUCUGCUGUCCUGUGUUUCUGGGGUUGCAUGGCAUUUGGAUACUGUCUUGGAAAUGCAACCAGCCUCUUAGGGGCUUUUCUUAGUCAUUGUUUGUUUAUUGUUUUGAUUCAUAUAUCACAGUUACUUUGCAUGGAUUGUCUUAGUUUUCUAAAAGAAAUGAGAUUUUUAAAAAUGAAUAGGUUUUGAUUGGUUCCUUAGACAAAAAAAAAAAAGCAGAAUUUCUUUCAGUUCUAAUGGGAAAAUAUGUUCCAUCAAAUCAAGGAGUAAUAACUGCUCACUGGUUGCUUUUUAGCAUCUAUAAUCUCUGUCAGCCAUGCUUAAAUCACUUUAAUUAGCUUAGUGAUUCUGUGAUGAGUAAUCUCUACUUGAACUGAACAUACAUCUUUGUUUCUAUAUGUGUGUAUGUGAGAGUAUUUGAACAAAGUAUGGGGGGUUUUUUUGUGUGUGUUUUUUUUAUGGAGUGUUGCCUUGAGUGAAUCACUGGGAAGCCAGCCAUGGUAAAGGCUGGUGAGGUUGGGGAGAAAGGAAGGCCUUUAUGUUCCUGUUUUUUGGACCCUACUUGGCAUGAAAAAGGAAGCUCAGUUCCAGCCCCUUGGAUCAGUGGAAAUCAGAGGAUUCUGGCAAGGCAGCCAACAGGCCCCUCUUAGAUAGAUCAGAGGCAAGAUGAGAUAGCAGCCUGCAGAGUAAACGCUUGAUAAAGGGGUGUGUGUGAGAGAUUUUAAAUAGUCUGUUCAAGUCACUGUUUUCUAGAUACCAAAAUGACUGUUUUGAAACUUCUAAUUGCUUGGGGAGCAAAAUGCACUUUAAACAAUUUGGGUAUUGGAAUGCAGUCUCUUAUAUUGAAUGAUUUGAGUAGAAACCACUGAUGAAGAUUUUUCAAAUCGUGUGAAGCUAAUUUCCUAUUUGGCAAUCUGAUUUGCAGUGAUCAAUAUUUUUAUAAGAAUUUAAACUUACCAAGAAUGGCACUGGAGGCAGAGCCUCCAUCCAGACCCAUCCCACUCUUGUGAUUCAGUGACCUGGGAGCCCAGGACAGGCCUCAGCGGGCUCCAGGCCUGGCAGGGCUACCUGGUGAGGUGCAGAGCAUCCCUCUAGUGGCCAUUUCAGUUGGUAGUUAUUAAUUCAGAGUAAGUUCUGUCUUGGGCUUAAAUUGACUGAAGACUUUUGGGGGAAAGAAUAAUAAAUGCAUAUAAUCAAAUGGGAGUACUCUGUCCAGGAGAAUAAUCCGACUGGCAUUUGUGGUAGUUUUUGAAAUGUAAAUGUAUUCAUGUGUGUACUUGUAAAUACGUGUCUCUCAGAUGUCCUUUGAAGUGGGAGGGAAUCAAUCGGGAUUAUUUCAAAUGGAAUAGAGUAUUUUGAUAUUGUUCAUUCAGAGGGUGAUGUGUACAUAUCUAUAUUGUAUAUAUGUGAUGAAAAUGCAUUGGCUUUUUGUGCAAACACAAUCUGCUCUCUGUACUGCUGUUGGACAGUCAGUGUUUUAAUGUUUCUACAGUUUUGCUAUUGCACGAUUUCAUAUUUUGCCCGUAUGAUGAACGGCACCCCAUUCUUUGUAACUGUUUAGUGCUGUAAAGAAAUAUCCCAAGUGUCAUUAGAAUUGUUGCUGCCAGAAUUGAUAUGCAUGAAUGGCACUUAAAAUAAAUAUAUAAUGUUAACUCUA